UUUUGGUCCAGUAGUUGCAUGUUACUAUGCGCUGGCAAAAUCUGUCACAGCCCCACUCCAGUACCUUGCCAACAGGGGAAACGCUAACGCGAACCCCGUUUGUCCAUAAUUUGUCGCAUUGGAUUGGUUAGACGGCGCUAAUCUAGGGAUCAUCUCAGCUAACCUCUGCCUUGCUAUUCUUUUACGCAAUAGGGGGGGAAAUAGUUUGCUGUUACAGUCUGUAAAGUUACUAACGAUUUGUUUUACUUAUAUCAAGCCUUGUUUUCUCGACACGGUUUCACGGUUCUUUCAACGCCAGCUGGGUACUUAUAUACAUCAAAAAGCAAGAUGUUACUGAACGUUAGAUGGCCAAACGGAGUCUUUGGCGUGGCUCGUGCCAACCUUUUACGCGGGCACGGGGAUGCAAGUCAGUUUCACUUUCAGGAUGGGAAUUUUACUCCACACGCAGCUGGAACAUGACUGCAAAACCUGUAUCCUUUUGCGAUGCCACAGCAUUGUCGUGUGUAAUGUGUUGCCUGUGCUGCCUUAUGGAGGCAUCCGUCAGUGUGGGGUACCAUGGAGCUGCUGGAAGAUGAACUUACGUGCCCAAUCUGCUGCGGUCUCUUCGACGACCCGCGGGUCUUGCUGUGCUCGCACAGCUUUUGCAAGAAAUGCUUGGAUGGUCUCUUGGAGGGGAACCGAGGUCCGGCUUUCAGAACGCCGUUCAGGUGCCCCACUUGCCGCAAAGAGACACCUCACAACGGCGCGAACAGCCUGCAGAUCAACUACUCUCUACGGGGAAUAGUGGAAAAAUACAGCAAAAUAAGGGUCAUGCCCAAACUGUCUGAAUGUAAACGACACUGCGGCCAGCCACUCAACAUAUUCUGCGCCACGGACUUAAAUCUAAUUUGUGGGUUUUGCGCAACGACAGAUGACCACAAAGGGCACACGUUCUGCUCCUUGGAAGAGGCACACGAGCGAGAGAGGGAGGCGUUUGAUGUGCUGCUUCACGGGGUGAAGAGCUGGCAGAGCGCAGACGUCCUGUCCUGCCUGGAGACACUCCAAGCCAGUAAGAAAAAGGCGCUUCUGUCUGUGACCAGGGACGCGGAAAAGGUAACAGACUAUUUCGACAAACUCAUCAGCACAAUCGAAUGCAAAAAGAACGAGAUACUCUCCGAUUUUGAAACCCUGAAGCUGGUGGCGUUGCAAGAAUACGACCCGGAGAUCACCAGGCUGGGCGCAGCGAUGGAGGAGCACAGGCGGGCGCUCGACAUCGCCGAGUCCUUCGGGAGCGUCGCCGAGUCCUUCGGGAGCGUCGCCGACCCCCUGCGCUUUCUGCUGCAGAUGCAGGAGUUUCGGGAGAAGGUGAAGGUCCUGGAGGAGACCCCGCUGACCUCCCGGAAAGACACAGACGUCGGUCCCCUUGUGCGCAAUUUCGAUGUUAAAAAGUGGGACUCGCUGAGGCUCGGAGAAGUGGACAAGAUCUCGGUCCCGCACGAGAAUGGCUCCUACCGAACGGGGGGCUCCCGGAUGGCGGUGCCAAGGUGGAUCACCUUCAAUCUGAUUUUGUUACUGUCAGCGCUGCUCCUGCUGCAGCGGCACAGCCUUGCAGCCUACGUGCCCUCGCAGAUUGAGCCGUUGCUCACUGCCGUCUCCUCGCACCUUACCCACACCGGUGUGUACCUGCAGGAAAUGACUGGCAUGUGCACAAGUUUGAUGGGUGCAGGUCAUGAAUGUAUCGGGAACUUGAUUGACUCUGCUGUCAAUUUUAUUGCCAAUUUAAAAGUUGUCUUAAUGACUCGCCUUUUGGCAUCUCUGCCAUGAACUCACAGCUAAUUGCUAUCCAAGUGACCCGCGAGGUGCAUUGAAUUAGGGAUAGACGUGCACCUGAAUAUAGAGAAACAGUUGUUUACCUAAUUGUUUACCAUGUCUUCUGUUUUUGCCCAAGCUCCAACCUCCAAUGAAGCCAUAUAAUCAAACCUUAUACACAGAGGUUGUAGCCUAUGUUUAUAUCAGAUAGACACUCUCUUGAUCAAUUUCUUUUUUUUAUCUACAUGACAAAUCUAUACAUGUCCAAAUGAUAUUGAUAAAUAAAACUGAGAGAUUUAAAUCACACCCGAGAGUGUUUUUCUUUUUUUUUUUUUAAGUGCGACAGGCCAAAUCAGCCAACUAUUUAGAGACACAAUCGAGCCCUGUGAACUAUAAGUGUGUGUGUAAUAAACGAAAUGUACAGAGUAAUAAUCCCUGGCUUCUUCCCCGCAGAGCGCGUCCGCACCACAGUGAUGCUGCAACCUCUUCAAGGUUACACACGUUGCAUAACAGGGCCCGUGUGAAAUAUUCACCAGGCUGCAGCGAGGGAGGAAAAAAGACAAGAACACGGUCCUAUGUUUAUGGUGUUUUCAUGAAAGCCGAACAGCUGACUGCUCUAUUUCACCUAUCAUUGACAACACAAUUCAGGCAAGGGUGCAUGAUUGUCACGCCUGCAAUGGGCACUCACUCUAUUUCCACACGAGAGCUAUUUGCGGAGGCAAAUGUGACUCAUUCGUCGUUAUAGACUUGCCGGUCUAUAAAGUCAGACAUCUGCAGUCUGUUAAGUCAAAAGCUCAGGCCUAUUUUCUGUUAUGCGUUUAAUUGGUAGAAAACUGACUUCGCAAGCCUCAAAUCAAAAUGCAAUUGUGUGGGCAAAUGGAAAUUGGGAGUUCUUAAAAUUAAAUUCAGGGAGAUUUUUAUUUUUGGCUUAUCACCAAAAAUGGGCUUUAUUAAAAUAGGUCAGAGCAAAAGGACAAACGGUGAAUUGUGCAUUUAUCCUUCUAUUUAUUUAUGCAUUCAUUCUCCUGAGUAGAGCUGCAUUUUGAAAAACAUAAAUCCUAAAAUCAGACCACAGAGUGAAUCCGUGAUGUCAGCACUGACCAUAAUUCAGGACGUACGUCAUGGCACGCAUGUACAUAUAUAUAGCCUUCUGUUGCCAGGCAAAUAUAGGAUGAAAAGAAAUGUACCCCUCUACAUUAAUAUUUUAAUUUUCUCUGCACGCAAAUGCCUGAAAAAGGUCAACUCAAUCCAAAUUAAAAUAAAUAGCUAUAUUGUGAAUAACUGUAGGCUAUAACUAAGACUUUUCUGAUAAAAAUGACCGUAGGUUGAACGGCCAGACACAGGUUUAAUAAAACAAUAGUAAUAUAUAAUAAUAAAAACUUCAAGUCACCAUGCACGCGAUCAACCAGUUAACUAAAUAUCCAGAUAAUAAUGAAAUAUAGCCAAGUGUUUGUGUCUUUUCCCAUAACUGGAUAAGGUCCCGCACUCUUACACAUCGAUUCAAUUAUUAUUACUGUGAUAAAAGCAUCUUAUUCAAUGAUAUUUUCUAUUGCUAUAUCAUUUUUUAUAAUUUUCAGGUUUUCUGGAAAAUGUGUUUGCAACCAAAGUGCAAGAGCAAACAAGAGAGACGUGUUAUUCUGCAAUCAUAGCCUGCAUGUAAUUAAAAUAUGCACGACGAUAUAAAAGCAGGUAAACGUUUACAAUAAGUCACGACAGCAGAAUAUGUGGAGCUUAACCGAUGGGAGACAAAAUGUAGUUUCUUGCCGUACAUCACAAUGGAGACAGCUUCCACACUUUGAUGUCCUUUUUUCCCUAAAUACGCAAAAUGGUCACACAUUCAAUUGAAAUAACCACGUAGAAAGGGAAUUAUAAUGCAAUAAUUUCCUGAAUAAUUGCUAAUAAAUUAAGUGUGGUUAAUAUUUACACACACACACACACAGAGAGAAACGGUCCAUAUUGCAGCUACGGUAUUAUUUUAAAAAAUGCAUAUUAUCAUAUAAAGGCUAAUCUUAUAAAUAUACAAUAAUAUGUUAGAUAUGAAUAUUUCUCCAUUUGAAAAAAAAAAAAAUGCCGGCUUUGCUGCUUAGGAAGAAACACCUAAAAUGCGCAAAAAUCACCUUUUCUCUCGGUUAUAAUUUUACAUUAAUUCACCUUUGUUAGAUAUCCUAAUUCCAGUUUAUUUAUAAUUAUAGUUGCGAGAACAAAUACGAGAAUUCAGAAUUAUCAUUAACCAGGCCCGCAAGGCCAAAUGGCAAAAGAAAUGCUGCAACAUGCGUUUGUUCAGUAGACGGCAAAUAUUCCUGAACUUUACACCAUGUUAUCAGAAAAUCUCCAAAAGGAAAAAUGUAAUCAAUAAUUCCUACUGCAGUUUAUUUAGUUCAUGUUUAUCAAAAGGCAAAGGGUCCGAGCGGCUUUGUCAACAAGUGUAACACUCUUCUUCUCUUCAGUUAUAGGAUUUUGAAGAUUUUUAUUUCCCUACAUUACAUGUGAUCUAACAUUUUAUAAAGCCAGAUUUAUCAACGGGUGCCGUGUUGUAUCAAAGGCCGAUAAAAAAAUAAAAAAAAAUAAAUGAAUUCAGUCAUUUUUAUUUAGGUAAAUCUGCCUCGAGAACAUCGUCACCCGGUGUCCUGCUACAUGAUUGCGUGCGCAUCCGACACCACUUUAAAUGGAGGAUUUUAGCCAUGUUACGGGACACCACAGCAUUGCAGUGAUCAGAAUAUAUCAUAUAUUUGGGUGCAUAAUACACAAUAAUGUAAAGACACUGGGUCGUAGUAAGCGAGUGCAUAUAGAUCAUAAAGACCGAGCAGAAAUAUAAAACAUGUUCCAAAGGGAAACUAAAUCUAUACUUUUAACUCAUUUUGAUAUUUAAUAAAGAAUUGAUGCGUUCGCUGCAGUAUGAUUGUAAUCAUUUUAAUCCGCAGCAACUCCGUCUUUAUCGGCUCAUGCUGAACAGGCCGGGCAUCCCGGGUACACUGCACCGCAGCACGCAGGCCUACACGUGCAUGAUUUCUUCUUCGUGGAUGGCGGACUAUAUGAAGCCAUGUAAAGGAUUUCCUAAGUCAGCUAACAGUUUGGUGUAAAGUGAAGACCAUGAAAACAAUAUAGCCUUACAUUCUGUUAAACAUCAAGUUUAACACUUCACGAUCAGAACACAUUACAGACAAAAAGCCAAUUCAAAUUUUUAUUUCUCCAGGUGUGCACAGAACAGUGAAACGUAAAAAGAUGUUCAUAUUUUAACAAUUAAAAGCAGGGAAGUGUUGGAGGUUCACUCAGAAUCUGUGUGUAAACAAUGUACCUGGAAGCAUCUCUCAAGCAACCGCCGUCCGUCACUGUUCGGCAUCGUCGGGGCGACUGGAGUACACUCGCUGGUUGGUUGAGCUCACUGUGAGUGGUCAGCUUUGCUUCAGCAGCACGAUCAAUACUGGAGGCUUCAGCUAGAGUCUUAACUCCAAUAUUUACGUGCUGCUACAGUAAGGCGACCGGCAAAUGAGAGGCGCAACUCCAAACAAACUUUUUGCCAUCAGACAAACAAUAUUCAGACACCGAAUCCAAGAGCGAUAGUAUAAACGAGUCAGCCUUAACAGGAUGAGGGACUGCAAGGUGACAGCCAGGUUGUAUGUUCAGGCUUUACUGUGGCAGCACAGUAUGGCCUGCAUCUCAGUGUAACCCACAAACCAUUCCGUGCUGCUACAGCAUUGCCAGAGCUGCAGUCAUGGUCCCUUAAACUCCCCAACUCUUGUCAUCUUCUGUGGCUUUUAUCUUCAUUCUUCAGCCGUGUCAUCCAAACAGAUGGCUACAGAUUUAUUACCUAUUAUCUACCUACAGAUGUUCAGAUGGUCAUCAGCAUCUUCUUGCUUCUUGUUCACCACCUGAAACACACAGAAACAGACAAUGCAGAUGAAUGCAAGCAUGAGGACAGACGGCCAGAAUUGCAGUGCUAGACAAACAUAUGUAAAACACUAUGGUUGUUGAAAAAUCUAAUUUCAAGCUAUGGGGAAUUCCUCUGCUGUUGUAACAGCCUCCGCUCCUCCGGGGAAACUUUCCACAAGAUUUUGAAACCUGGAGAUUUGCACCAAUUUUAGCCACAAUGGGAGGUUGGUCAUUGAUGUUGGUCCAUAAGACCCAACAUCAUCAUCCCAAAGCUGUUGGAUGGGGUUGAGGUCAGCGAUCUCCACAGAUUAGUUAAAUUCGUCCUCACAAAACUCAGUAACCCUUUCUUAAUGGGUCUUGCUUAAUGCACAGGAGCACCGUCAUGCUGAAACAUGAACGGGCUUUACCCCGAGUGUUGCCACACGACUGGGAACACACUGCAACAUUAGGAUUCCCCCUCAUUGGAACUAAGCAGACAUGUGUGUCCACAUACUGCCCAUAGAGUCCUCAAGUCAUUUCACGUCUUCACUUGAUUGCAUUUUCGUAACAAUAGCAGAACCGUUUCACUCACAUUUUCUAAAGAAGUUGGUCAGAAUACGGUGGAAUUUUCCUGCCCAGUAACGGACACUUGUGCUAUUGACAGGUGCUCCAUAGACAACUGGUUGUAAAGUGAGCAUUCUUUCUUUGCAUGUCAGAGGGAAAGUGCAGCAUCUCAGUCUUGGGUUACAAGCUAAUUGCUGCUCCACUGUCCUCAGUAGAGAUCACAGUAUUUUACCCGGAAAAAAUAUGAAGCGAAACCUUUUCCUUUUUAAAGAGGUCGACUUCCUACAAAACAGUUUCACGAUGGAGAAACAAGCAUCUAUUAUUCAAAAUGAAACAGAAUAACACUAACCCAAAAAAGUAGCUCUUCCAGUUAAUACAAACAUGUCAACUUUUCUAGCAAGACGUUUCAGGCUGUCCUUGUAAACCUUAAAACUAAAUCUCCUUUAACAAAACCUAGUUUGCAGGCAAAGGCACUAAAACCAGCUUGGGCAUGAUAAUAAUCCUGAAGGAGAUUGGGUCCAACAACUAUUGCCACUAGAGGUCUCAAUGGACCUGUAAUCAUGACCGUGGUCUGAAAUGGACACGAGAGCCUGAACCUAAUAUCUCUAACAUACAUCCCUUAAAAGAAAUGAAUAAAUAAAUCACUGACUGGCAUUCUCUUUCACACACACGCUCAAGUGCAGCUCAGAAGAUGACCGAAAAAAUCAAUCCAUUAAAAAAAAAAUCAUCCAAUGAAAAAAAAAAUAAAAUCAACAAUUACUAGCUUUUAUUCUUCUGUUCAAGUUAAAUUGUUGUGGUAAUGAAACUGCAAGCUGGAACAAUUCAAAUUCUUAAGAUUUGAGGGUCAGCAGCACAAACGUAUUGCUUUCAUCAGUUAAGACCAUUAAACCUAGAAGGGAAACACCGAGACAGGAUGUAUGGAUUUGGUUGUUUCUUGCAAAUAUAAAGUAGCUUUUGGAAUCAGAACUCAAUAUAAAACCCUGCGGUAUGAUGUAGAAAAAGUUAAAUGAACUGCAAUUGCAAACAUAACAUUUUCAUCAAUAUACUCGUUAUGCUGCUUGGAAUUCCCAUUAACUUCAUUCCAUCAUCACGACCAUGUACCAUUGUGUUCAUCUUCUACAAAGCCUCCGUGUUACUGUCUGGCAAAGGCUUCCUCAUUGAUACAAAUAUAUGGGUUUCCCCCCCCAGAAAUUUGGAGAUCCACAUUGCAUAUUUUAUUGGUAAUACUUUCAAUAUAGGAUUUGACUCAUCUUUCUAUCUAGAGGCAUUACACGUGUCAUUUUCGGUGAUCAAAAUGAAUGACUACAGCUGAAAUGUGUUGUUAGAUAUGCAAAUAUAGAGAACACAAGUGAAACAAUGUUAUCCAGUCAGACAGAGCUGACAGUGAGUGUGCGGUUUUGUUUGUUUGUCUUAAAUCGGCGUGUAGGAGCCCGGCCCCUUUCAAGCAUGUGUGAUGACAUUUUUGGCUAAGCAUAACAAAAAAAAAAAAAAAAAGGUCUAAAAAUCUCUAGCUUACAUUUGGUGCCAAUUUUACAACCAAUUCUAGCGUCUUAAAAAUGUGUCUUUUUGCACAAAAUGUGCACAGCCUUUUCAAAAUUCAUGGCACCUUCUGAAUGUAAAAUCCACCAAAAAAAUUAAUGUUACAUGAUAAAAUGAUGCUGUUAAAUUAGUUCAGAGAACUACAUGGAGGAACAAUUGUUUAGUGUUUCAAGCUUUGCAAUGGUAUAAAAAAAGUUAACCAAUAAUGAAGACAUUUGAUACACCACAAAUGACACUGUGGUACAUUUACAACUUAACAUCAGGGGUGAAUAAUUGUCAGAUCUGCAGGGCAUGACAAAAAUGGCCUUGUUUUAGUCCUGAGCUAUUAGGGUCCAAAUCUCGUGUCAGGGUCCACGACCCCUACCAAGAAAAACGAGGACGCAAUCACAACAAAAUCAGGUUGGCAACAAAAAAUUAAACAACUAUUUUAAAAUAGUGAAAAUAGUUGAAAGUGCAAAGGGGUGUUUGUCAUCAUCUCCAACAUUUGAAGAAUAAUUAAUAAUGAUAAAAAAGGCAAAAAAAGAUCAACUGAGUAAUCAAUAAAACUGUUUGUUGUGGCCCGAACUGUUAGCUGUAAUUACAGACUACAGCUCAGGCAGCUGAAGACAGCAUCCUUUCCACACUCCACACAUGUGGGAGCACAAAGUGUGACAACAUGGGAAACACAACAUACACCAAGUAUAGAAAAUGUGCCCAAUCAUUUUCUUAUCUUCAAUGUCAUGAGUUCAUGUUAAGACAGUAUUGUACAAAUUGACCUGCAGUAGAAGUCAUGAAACAAACAUUUUACCGUACCCAUCCUUAUAAACUACUUAAUAAAAAUGCUAAAUACUAACCAGGUAAGUUGUGUAUUUUCCUUUUCAGCUGAUCAUUGCUUUAAGUCCAAGUAGAAUAGUUCCCAUCAAUCAAUCUAACCUCUCCCCAUUUUUCUCCCUCUCCUUUAAGGCAGCAUGCCCGGACAUGUCACCUUCACUGCUCAGCCUAUUUAACCCAUUCCUACGACAUUUGCUCUCCUCACAAUGGCCUCAAAGAGUCACCUGACCCCAAGGUUGGAGGUCAAGUAACCUCCUACACCCCAUCGGGUACAAAGACGGCCGACGACAACCCAUCACCUCACCAAAAGUGGUCUGGGUCGGCUUCUUGUCCGUGUUACAUCUUCUGCCAGUACAAGCAUAAACUAAGGGAGAUUAACAUUGACGUCCUAAACUGUGCAAAAAAAAAAAAA